CCUCCACCUUACAAACAAGCCUGAAACAACUGGCUCUACCAUGGGGGCUUUCAUUUUCCUUUCCUUCAUGAUCCUGGCCAUAUUCUCAGUGUCUUCAACUCAGAUUUCAAAACCACAUGUUUACGAACAAGGAGAGAAUCCAGAACUUCCUCUUGUUCUAGAGAAACAAAAUGAAGCUAACCACCUAGGAGGACAAAAGGAAUCUAAUAAUCAAGGAGGUAGUUACACACAAGGAAAGCCUGGGACAUUUGUUCUGCAAGAUCAACCAGAGUAUUCCAGCCAGCUAGAAAAAUCAGGGAAUUUUAAUCAGCAAGGAAGGCCAGGAGUUUUGAACCAGCCUGGGAUGUCAGGAGUUAGGAUUUUACAAGGGAAUUCAGAAGAAUCUAACCAAGAAGGGUAUUCAAAAGCUUCUAAUAAAAAAGAAAAAUCAGAAUCUUCUAGCCAACUAGUAAAACAAGGGUCUUCUAGUCAGAAGGAGUAUCUAGGUUCUUCUAGUCAGCAAGGGAAUAUAGGGUCACCUGGACAACAAGGAAAACCAGGAUCUUCCAAACAGCAAGGACAUCUAAGAUCGUCUAGCCCACAAGGGAAACCAAAGUUAUCUAGCCAACAAGAGAAGACAGGGUCUUUUCGUCAACAAGGGAAGCCAGGGUCAUCUAGACAGCAAGUGAAUCUAGAGUCAUUUCCCCAACAAGGAAAGCCUGUUUCAUCUAGUCCACAAGGAAAGGCAGACUCAUCUAGCCAGCAAAGGAACCCUGGGUCAUCUAGUCAGCAAGGGAAUCUAGGCUCAUCUCAUCAACAAGGGAAACCUGGGUCAUCUAGUCAAAAAGGGAAGCCAGGGUCAUCUUGUGAACAAGACAAGCCAGGGUCAUCUAGCCAGCAAGGGAAACUAGAGUCAUCUAGUCAACAAAAGAAUCUAGGAUCAUCUCAUCAACAAGAGAAGCCAGGGUCAUCUAGCCAGCAAGGGAAUUCAGGAUCUUCCAGCCAGCAAGGGAAACUAGAGUCAUUUAGUCAACAAAAGAAUCUAGGAUCAUUUCAUCAACAAGGGAAACCUUGGUUAUCUAACCAACAAGGGAAGCCAGGGUUAUUGAGUCAGCAAAGAAAACUAGGGUCUUCUAGCCAGCAAGGACAUCUAGGGUCAUCUAGCAAGCAAGGGAAAUCAGGUUCUGUCAGCCAACAAGAGAAUCUAGGGUCUUCUAGCCAGCAAGAGAUUUCAGAGUCAUUUCACCAACCAGAAAAGUCAAGGUCUUCCAGUCAACAAGGAAAUCCAGGCUCAUCUAGCCUGCAAGAGAAGUCUGAGCCAUUCAUCCAACAAAGGAAAUCAAGGUCUCUUUACAAUGAAGGAGAAAGAAGAAAUUUAGACAAUUCCAAUAUGAUGAAUAUUCAGACUAGCAAUACCAGCAGCAAGAAUAAAACUAGGGAAACAAAAUGUCACUCUAUUUACAAACCAAUCUGUGGUUCUGAUGGAAAAACAUAUGGUAACCUCUGUUCAUUUAAUGAAGCAAAGAGGUUGAGUAGUGGGAAACUAAGUCUGAACCAUGAGGGGAAGUGCUAA